GAUGUCAUGUUGCCUUUCAGGUUGCAUGAUUCUUGCAUUGAUACCUGCCCAUCUCUUCCUUCAAAUGGAGCCAGGAGAGUCUUGGUGUCUUGGUCCAAUCUAUGCUGUGAUUGACUGUGGGUGGAUAUCCUCAGUGCAGGAGCAGGAAAUGUUCCCCUUUGGGUAGAUAGCCUCAGUGCAGGAGUAGGCUGUUCCUGGGCCAAGGACCUUGCAGCCAAUAGGGCAGGAGGUCUGAAAGGUUGUCCUCAGUACAGGGAAGGGACUCUUGGAGGUCGAAGGACCCCACAGACAAAAGGGCGAACUGGGAGGGGAGGGAAGGGUUGUGCGGAGUCAAGAAGCCCCUGCAGCAGGAGCUGGAGGUGCGCUGCACUCCCCUCCGGCUGCGCAGAUGCAUACUCACCACUUUGGGUGGGUAGUCUCAGUGCAGGAGCAGGAACAGUUCCUGGGCCAAGGACCUCACAGACAAUAGGGCAGGCUUGGGAGGGGGUCAGGGAAGUGAGGAACAAAGAAGCCCAUACAGCAGGAGCUGAAGGGGCCCAGUGCUCAUUCCCUGGAUGUUCUUCCCUGCCCUGGGAUUGUGCCCACUCACCAGUCUGAAAGGUUGUCCUAAGCACAGGGACAGGACUUUUGGAGGUCGAAUGACCCCUCAGACAAAAGGCCACAGUGUGAUUUUAUGGGCUCAUUUUCUCCACUGAAGUUCCUUCUUCUCAAAUGACCUGACCUUGUAUCAAGUUGACAUUAAAGCUAUCCAUCAGAGAUAUCCAGAGCUUCCAGAGGCUCCUCUGCCAGGUUUCAUGCUCUUUCCUGCUGGCUCCCAUUCUCCCCACUCCUGCAUCUCUUGCUUCUCUUUCUAUUUCUCAGUUUUGCCCAUCAUAGACCAGAGAUACCAUGGGCACUCUCAGGAAAUCUUAUCUGAAGCUCCUCAGAGACUGGGACCAGGGACUGCACAGACACACAAAGACACACACAGAGGAUCAUGCAACACACUUCUCUUACUUAAAUGUGAAUACAUUCACAUAUGAAUCUAAGAACAUACAGAUGGGCCUCCACAAUUUAAGAUUAUACAUGCAAACAAACACCCCAGAUAUGUAAGAGUAGACUAGAAAGCACAUCUAGACUCUAACACAGAAACAUUGAAUUGCAUUUUCAUAUUAGAAAUGACUUUUUAUAUAUAAAGCACACAGUAAAUAUGCACAGGUCCAUGUCUGGGGAAAUAAAUAGAAAGAAUUGAGCUGGCAUAUGUAUACUUAUCCUCAGAUAUUGAGACACAUUACUCCCUAUGCCCUUUGUCCUGUGUAUCUCAAUCAUGGUCUUAUUGCUAACAGCUAGGGUGGAUGUAAGAAGAUAGGGAGUGAGCAAGUCACCGACAGCCCAAUCAGGAAGUAAUGUACUCAAACCCUGUACAGUGAGGAGACAGGAGGUGGGAACAGAUGAAGUUACAUAACUGGGUAGAGAUCCAGGUCCAGCAUAAAAGUCCUGCUGGAGUGUGCAGUGAAGUGGUCGGUGCUCAAACCAGGACCAUGGAGCCCAGUGUCCUGCUCCUCCUUGCUCUCCUUGUGGGCUUCUUACUACUCAUCGUCAGGGGCCACCCAAAGGCUCAUGGCCACCUUCCACCAGGACCCUGUCCCCUGCCCCUUUUGGGAAACCUCCUUCAGAUGGACAGAAGAGGCCUCCUCAACUCCUUUAUUCAGCUUCAAGAAAAAUAUGGAGAUGUGUUCACAGUGCACCUGGGACCGAGGCCCGUGGUCAUGCUAUGUGGGACAGAGGCCAUAAGGGAGGCUCUGGUGGACCAAGCUGAGGCUUUCUCUGGCCGGGGGACAAUUGCUGUGCUCGAGCCAAUUGUACAAGGAUAUGGUGUGAUCUUUGCCAAUGGAGAAUGCUGGAAGACCCUUCGGCGAUUCUCUCUGGCCACCAUGAAGGACUUAGGAAUGGGGAAGCGGAGUGUGGAGGAGCGGAUUCAGGAGGAGGCCCGAUGUGUGGUGGAGGAGCUGCGGAAAUCCCAGGGAGCCCCCCUGGACCCCACUUUCGUCUUCCAGUGCAUCACAGCCAACAUCAUCUGCUCCAUUGUCUUUGGAGAGCGCUUUGACUACAAAGACUGCCAGUUCCUGCACCUGUUGGACCUGAUCUAUCAGACCAUCUUGCUCAUCAGCUCAUUCUCCAGUCAGGUGUUUGAGCUCUAUUCGGGUUUCCUGAAGUUUUUUCCUGGUACACACAGACAAAUCUUCAAAAACAUGCAGGAAAUCCUUGACUACAUUGGCCACAGCGUGGAGAAGCACCGGGAAACCUUGGACCCAAACAAUCCAAGAGACUUCAUCGAUACCUACCUUAUACGCAUGGAAAAGGAGAAGUCCAACCAACACACGGAAUUCCAUCACCAGAACCUCAUGAUCUCUGUGCUGUCUCUCUUCCUUGCUGGCACCGAGACCAGCAGCACCACACUCCGCUUUGGCUUCCUGCUCCUGCUCAAAUACCCCCAUGUAGCAGAGAAAGUCCAAAAGGAGAUCGAUGAGGUGAUCGGCUCACACCGCCCACCAACCCUUGAGGACCGCACCAAAAUGCCUUACACUGAGGCUGUCAUUCGCGAGAUCCAGAGAUUUGCAGAUAUUGUCCCCACUGGAGUGCCACACAAAGUCACCAAAGACACUUUGUUCCGAGGGUACCUACUCCCCAAGAACACUGAAGUGUAUCCCAUCCUGAGUGCAGCUCUCCACGACCCACGGUACUUUGAACAACCAGAUGCCUUCAAUCCUGACCACUUCCUGGAUGCCAGUGGGACUCUGAAGAAAAUUGAAGCUUUUAUGCCCUUCUCUAUAGGAAAGCGCAUUUGUCUUGGCGAAGGAAUUGCCCGCAACGAAUUGUUCCUUUUCUUCACCACCAUCCUCCAGAACUUCUCUGUGUCCAGUCCCGUGGCUCCAAAGGACAUUGACCUCAGGCCUAAGGAGAGUGGCUUGACCAAAGUGGCUCCAACAUACCAGAUCCAGUUCUUGGCCCGUUGACUGGGCUGAGGUGGCCAGGUGUCCCCACUCCUGUUGAGAAUGGCCCCAUCUUUCUGCCUCAGACUUGCUGCCAACCAGGCCGUAGGUCACUGCUCACACCCUUCCACCUUACUGCAGCUUCUGCAAAGCUCUGAGGUGUGUUCUUCUGCCCUGAGAAUGGCACUGGGGCAAUCAAUCAAGUGUCUUUCUUGAUGUGUGAAACGAGAGACUUCUGGAGGCCACAUCUCAUGCUGAGUUAGUUUGUUAUUGCAUCCAACAACCAUGGUUUCCAUGUAGAGACUUCUGGUGCUCAAUGAAACAAUCUAAUGAAUGUCAGAGCGCAUGUCAGAGAAGGAGAAGGUGGAAAUUGAAGUUCAAAGUGUCAGCUAACCAAGAGGAAAUCUCUCUAAUGGCUUGAUCUUGUUUUAUGCAAGACUAUGAGGACACGGAUUCUGCAAUAUCUUUUGAGUCCCCUCCCCCUUUUUUUUUUUUUGGUUUUUCAAGACAGGGUUUCCCUGUAGUUUCUAGAGCCUGUCCUAGAACUAGCUCUUGUAGACCAGGCUGGCCUCGAACUUAGAUAUCCGCCUGCCUCUUCCUCCCGAGUGCUGGGAUUAAAGGCGUGCACCACCACCGCCCGGCUGUCCCCUUUGUUUUUACAUGUUUGUUGCUACAAUCUUUCCCUGGCAUCUGGCUUGGUGUGAGUAGAUGUGAGGAGACCUCACUGUCUGUAACAUAGUGUGUUUCUCUUAUGAAAACAACCUGAUGUACUGGGUAUUUUUAUCUGUGGAUUGUCAAGAAGAUGAUUCCUCCCUAACUGUGCUGUCUAAUUGAUAUAAUGUCAGCUUAUACAGAAUUUUGAUAAAUAAAAGUAAACACCAGGAAAUAAUACACAGUCAGUGCCUAUGAGUUCCCCUGAGAGGCUGCUGCAGGUCACAGCUAAAGUUAAGAAAAACAAUGAGCCAGCUGUCUCAAAUUCCUUAAAUCUUAAUGCUUAGAAAUCUAUCACAGGUUUUAAAGUACAGGUUUUGAAACAGUUUCAAAAUAAUGUUAGAUUAAGACCAGAUGACUUGCUCACUGUCCUUUUAAGAUAAACUACCCCAGAAAACCAAUCUAACAUUCAGAAGACACAUUGCUGAGCUGCUGAUUCAUUUAGGCUAUAGUCAUAAAUACAAAACAUCCCAAUUAUUGCCAGCUGACAGAUGACUAAUUUCUUGUACCCAUUACUGUCCUCAAAUUUCUGAUAUAGGUGUGCACCCUGAAGUCUUGUGUCUUGUUAAUUAUGUCUUUUGCUAUUCAGAAGCUUCUCAAUUUAGGCGAUCUCAUUUAUUAAUUGUUUCUUUCAAUGUCUGUGCCACUGAGGCUGUGUUUUAGAUGUACCAAUGCAUUCAAAUGUACCUCUACCUUUUUCUUUUAUGGGGUUCAAUGUGAUUAGUUUUAUGUUGAGGUCUUUGAUUCAUUUGGAUUUCAGUUUAGUGAUGGAACUAUUUUCAUUCUUAUGCAUGCUGAUGUCUAAUUAAGUCAGCAUCAUUAGUUAAAUAUGCUUUUCUUUUUCCAUUUUCCUAUUAGCAAGGCAAACUUGCAACUUAAGAAGAGGAUAGUUUACAAACUUUAAUUAGAUAUAUAAUUGUUAAAGCCUUAGAUAUAAUAUUCUUAUGGGAGAUAUUGAGCUAUAAAGUAAAAUUAUUAAAGGGAGCAAUGAGACAAUUUUCAAUAGAGAGCUUAUUAAAGCUGCCAGACAGGUACUUGAUCAGGUAAAGUAUAGAUCAACAGGUAGAGUAUACAAUAAUCAGCAAUUACACUAUAAUAAUUAUGAUUCAGCUAUGGCAAGUGUGUGUAUUAAAUACAAAACUUAUUCUACAGCAGUUUUAUAAAAAAAGCUUUUUAUGGCUGCACAUUCUCAUUUUUGCCAGUUAAGUUAUUAGACUUUUAAUUUAAAGCAGUAUAUUGUCUAAUACAAAAGAACAGGAUGAAAUCUAGGAGAUAAUUUAGAAGAGUAUUGAAUGUUAUCAAUGUUUCUUAUACUAAGCAAUAUAUUAAUUUAUUAAUUAAUAAUUUUAAGAUAUUGAUUCUUGGACAAUUGUAUUUGCUCAAUUCAAUGGCCAUAGUAAUGGUCUUUUCCCAGAUGAACAUUGCUGUAAUUCACACAACUAUAUUUUGCUAAUAUUAUAGCUAAUAAUCCCUUAAAGCAUGUUAUGCUGAAUUUUAUAAAUGGCUCUUCUAAUGGAAGGACACAUAUAUGGUUAAUAAUGAAAAGGAAUUGUAGAGCGUAAUAUGGCUUCUUUACUUUAAAUGGAACUUUAUGUAAAUAAUAGAGACCUUAAAC